ACAUCAUCUUCUUAUGUUAUCUCAUAAAAGGUUUCACUUUCCCAACUGCUCUUUGAAAACUAAACCAGAAGAAAAAAAUGUCCCGUCAAAUUUAUCACAAGAACGUCGCUCUGAUCAUCGGCGUCACCGGACUCGUCGGAAACAGCUUGUCGGAGAUUCUCCUGAAGCCGGAAACCAACGGUGGACCAUGGAAGGUCUAUGGCGUCGCUCGCCGUCCACGACCCAGAUGGAAUUCCGACUGUCGGAUCGAAUACAUCCAGUGCGAUGUCUCCGACGCCGAAACCACCAGACGGAAGCUCUCGUGCCUCACCGACGUGACCCACGUGUUCUACGUCACGUGGGCGAGCCGCGAGACCGAGGCCGAGUGCUGCGACGCCAACGCCGCUAUGCUCCGCCACGUCCUGACGGCGGUUGCGCCGUCGCUCCGACACGUCGUUCUCCAGACGGGGACGAAGCAGUACGUGGGUCCGUACGAGAGUCUCGGGAGGAUUCGAACACAUGAGCCUCCGUUCUCGGAGGAUCUUCCUCGCCUGCCGUAUCCCAACUUCUACUACGCUCUCGAAGACGUUCUCUGCCAAGAACUCGAGAAAACCGACCAAUCAGUUUCGUGGUCCGUACACCGGCCGAACGUGGUGUUCGGUUUCUCUCCGUACAGUUUGGCGAACAUCGUCUUCAGCUUCUGCAUCUACGCGGCCGUGUGCAAGCACGAGGGCGUUCCGAUGUAUUUUCCGUUGAGCAAGACGACAUGGGAGUGUUACUCAGUUGCGUCGGACGCCGAUCUCAUCGCCGAGCAAGAGAUUUGGGCUGCCAUGGAAGCUUCAUGCAAGAACGAAGCUUUCAACUGCAGCAAUGGCGAUGUCUUCAAGUGGAAACAGCUCUGGGGGAUUCUCGCAGAAAGCUUCGGGAUAGAAGAGUACGGAUUUGAGGAGGGGAAGAACCUUGGUCUCGUGGAGAUGAUGAAAGACAAAGGAAACGCGUGGAGGGAGAUCGUGGAGAAACACGGCUUGGAGGAGACCGAACUGGACGACGGUAUUGUCGGGUCAUGGAAGAUUGUGGAUGCUGUAAUGGCGGAAGGUGGGCUUCUGGACUGUAUGAAGGGAGAUGGGAUCUUGGAUUCCAUGAACAAGAGCAAAGAGUUUGGCUUCCUGAGUUUCAGGAACUCCAAGAAGUCUUUUGUUCAUUGGAUCAGCAAGUACAAAGAUCACAAGAUCGUCCCUUGAUGAAUUCUACAAUGUUCUCAAAGGUAUAAGGCUGGUCGGUCCAUGCUCUUGUAUCGUUAAAGUGUACGAUGUAAUUGUGUUUUAGAAUAAAGGUUUCAUGUGCAUGGUCA